AUGGAGAAUGUUACUUCAAUUCCAAAUAACCAAACACUUGGUCCAUGGACUGAUUAUAGCACGGAAUACAAAGUGGUCAGCAUAUUUUUUGUGAUUCUCAUCUGUGGGAUAGGAAUAGUUGGAAACGCUAUGGUGAUACUAGUUGUUCUUACAACCAAACACAUGCGGACACCGACUAACUGUUACCUGGUGAGUUUGGCGGUGGCCGACCUGAUGGUUCUGACGGCGGCGGGACUGCCGAAUAUUACACAGAGUUUGUAUGGAGGCAGCUGGGUGUACGGAUACGUCGGGUGCCUUAGCAUAACUUAUUUCCAGUACUUGGGCAUCAACGCAUCUUCAUGCUCAAUCACCGCUUUCACCAUUGAGCGGUACAUAGCCAUCUGCCACCCCAUAAAAGCGCAGUUUAUGUGCACUCUGUCAAGAGCAAAGAAAAUCAUAGUGGUCGUUUGGGCUUUUACCUCGCUCUACUGCGCCAUGUGGUUUUAUCUGUCUGACAUGAACGAGUUGAUUUACGACAAUAUUACCUUGGUCUCAUGCGAGUACAAAGUGUCAAGAAAUCUUUACCUGCCAUUUAUCUACUUCACUGACUUUGCCAUGUUCUACGUGGUGCCCCUCAUGCUAGCCACUGUUCUGUAUGGAUUUAUCGCUAGAAUUCUUUUCCUCAACCCAUUGCCGGCUGACCCCAAGGAAAAUACAAAGUGGAAAAAAGAAUCAUGCCAAGGAAAUAGGAUGAUGAGCACCAACAAUUCAUCCUGUAGCACAACCGUCCGCUCUCGCAGGCAGGUGACUAAGAUGUUAGCUGUGGUGGUGGUGCUCUUUGCCCUCCUCUGGAUGCCCUACCGGACGCUGGUGGUGGUAAACUCCUUCCUGGACAAGCCUUACCUGGACCUCUGGUUCCUACUCUUCUGCCGCAUCUGCAUCUACCUGAACAGCGCCGUCAACCCUGUCAUCUACAACGCCAUGUCUCAGAAGUUUCGCACCUCCUUCAAGAAGUUGUGUCACUGCGGUCCACAGCGAUUGGAGAAGCCGGCGUCUUACAGCUUGGCCCUGACCUACAGCGCCAUCAAGGACACAACCAACGGAGAGAGCCCUGACCACUUCACUACCGAGAUGGAUGAGCUGGCCACACCCACAACCGGUGACCAGUUCCUGCCCAGCACCAAGAGGAUAUCAUUCGAAGACCCCUCUCUGUCAGGCAGGGUUUCCCUUUGCACUCCCUGA